ACACCGCCCCGGGUUUCCUCACGCCUCCGCCCUCCCACCCGCUCACUCCCGUCCCUAUCCACCGCGAUGGCCUCCCGCCUCGCCGUCGCCGUCGCCGUCGCCGCGCCCGCGUCGUCUCCUUCCCCGGUCGGCACCGUCGCCCCGCCCCGCGUCGCCCUCCGCCGAGGCCUCCCGCCGACGUGGCACGCUCUCCGCGCCCUCCCUCGAUCCCGUGGCGCGGCCGUCGUGUGCCAGGCCCAGGGCGGCCAGGACACCGCCAUCCAAGUUCCUGAUGUGAGCAAAUCCACAUGGCAAUCACUUGUGGUGGAGAGCGAGCUUCCCGUCCUCGUUCAGUUCUGGGCCUCAUGGUGUGGACCGUGUAAGAUGAUAGACCCCAUCGUUGGCAAGCUCUCGAAGGAGUACGAAGGAAAGCUGAAGUGUUACAAGCUAAACACCGACGAGAACCCUGACAUCGCGACCCAAUUCGGCAUCCGGAGCAUCCCCACCAUGAUGAUAUUCAAGAAUGGUGAGAAGAAGGACGCGGUGAUUGGAGCCGUGCCAGAGAGCACCCUGGUCACCUGCAUCGACAAGUACGUUGGUGGGAGGUGAAAUCUCAAUCUGGGCCACUAGCCUUGGACUUCCAUAUGUAGACGGAUGGGUAUGUGUAUACCGUUCAUAUCGAACUGCUGUUGAGUAGUUGUAUGUAGAUAAUAAUGUGAUGCUCACUCCAAUAAAUGCGAUUCAAGGAUGGGCAAGUCAUCUGGAUGAAAGGUUGCUUUUGGUCUAGCUUUUUAGGUUCUAUGUUUCAUUCAUUGAGUUGUGGUCUGUAUGUAGAUCUGAUGAGUCAUAUGCAGCUAAUUUUCC